AUUUCCAAGACCUGCCCAGAAACGGUGCUUUCGACUCGCUUGCACUGCCACUGUCUUGGUGUCUCGAUCCAGCAACUAUUCUAAGAGAAAUUAGCUCCUCGCUCCAUCCGGUCGCUUGGCCACAGAUGCUCCAGUCUAUCCGCCAGAUCCUGUCAUAACGAUCACCAACUUCAUCCCCUCGCCGUCUUCCACGGGAACUCGCUCCUGUUGAUCCAAUGAUUUGAAUCAUUUGAUAUCGCUUUAUUCACUCGUUACUACGUACGACAUAUUUUUUUUCCCCCUCCAUCUGUCCAUUCGACACUCCUGACGAGUGGUUUUCUUACGAUUUAUUUCUGGCCGUUCUCUUUCGUUCCGUCUUUCGUUCCGUCGAUAUGCGCUCGUUUAUUACCUUUUCGAUUCUGCUAGGGCAGCUGCUCUUGACCAUGCCUUUUGCUACCGCUCUUACUGUUAACGCCAAUGAUCCCAACUCUCUGAAAUCAGCUGCCUCGACUGCAGCCGCAAGUGCCGUCAAUUAUUAUAAUAACCGUGAAAGCAAACUCAUCCCUGGAAAGUUUGAUGGGACAUGGUGGGAAGGUGGUGCCUUUUUCACAUUUCUCAUCAAUUACUGGCACUGGACAGGUGAUGAUCAAUAUAAUAAUCUGGUCGCAGAAGGCCUGUCUUGGCAAGGAGGAGAAGACAACGACUUUUUCCCAUCGAAUUACAGCAGCUACUUGGGUAACGACGACCAAGAGUUCUGGGCCCUGGCGGCCCUCACCGCCAUCGAACAGAAAUUUCCCGAUAACCCAGGACACGCCUCCUGGUUAUCCUUGGCACAGGGUGCAUUCAACGACUUUGUCGCUCGCUGGGAAGUGGACAAAGCAUCAUGUGGUGGUGGAUUGCGUUGGCAGUUAUAUCCCACUUUAGCCGGAUACGACAGCAAAAACGCCAUUUCAAACGGUGCAUUCUUUCAAAUCGCCGCUCGCUUGGCGCGAUACACGAACAACGACACAUACGCUACUUGGGCCGAGACAGUCUGGGAUUGGAGCAGCACUGUACCGCUCUUUGACAAUUCAACCUGGAAAAUAUACGAUAUGACUCGCAUUUCGGAAAAUUGUAAGGACCAGGAUGUUAUGCAAUGGUCGUAUAACUACGGAUCUUAUGUCACUGGCGCCGCUUACAUGUACAACUAUACAAACGGGGGCACAAAAUGGAAAGAAGGCGUGGACGGUCUUCUAAACACAACCUGGAAUACAUUCUUUCCUACCGAGUACGGUGGCAAUAUUCUAUCCGAGGUUGCCUGCGACCCUAUCUUGACUUGCAACCGUGACCAGGUUUGUUUCAAGGGUCUCAUGGCCAACUGGUUAUCGACUAUCGCACUCAUUGUGCCGUAUACAUAUUCGACCAUUCUACCCAAGCUCCAAGGAUCCGCAGUCGGAGCUGGUGCACAGUGUAGUGGCCCUAACUCGGCCUGUGGAAUGCAAUGGUUCAGCCAGAAAUAUGACGGCACCAGCGCAAUCGAGCAGGAAAUGUCUGCCAUGAGUAUAUUCUCUAAUGCCCUUGUUGGUUUCUCCGCCCCUACCGCCAACAGUGGUUCUUCAUAUACGGCCCCAGAGGCUCCCGCCCCAGUCACUGCUGAUACCGGAGGCAACAGUACCAGCAAUCCAUCCGGUGGUCAAAGCAGUACGGGAUAUCAACCACCAAAGGCAAUGAAAAUCACUGGUGGUGACCGCGCUGGCGCAGCUAUUUUGACUUUGGUGUUCGCAACUGCAUGGAUUGGUAUGAUGGUCUGGCUUGUCAUUGGCGGCGCCAACUAGGUUUAUUGUCUGUCCAGAAGCUUAUAGCAUGUUGUCUCAAUUUGAUUGGUUACAAAAUAUGUAUAUAUUCUGUGUAUUAUUCAGGGUUAUGGACGGCGUCACCGCUUUUGGCGUUUGGUAAUUGUUCAAUAUAGGGUUUGGAGUACGGUAAAUGUUUGUGACAAUACUGUUUUGUAUUGGAA